AGUAGAAAUAUGGAACGAUUAUAUUCUUGGUGAAAAAAUUAGAGAUCUUUAUUCUACUGAAUGUGAACGUUGUUCAAUUCCUAUUUUCACUUCGACAAAUUCUGAUAUACUUAUAGCUUCUGAAACUAAACUAAAUAUCGAAAAUAUAGUUAAUCUUACAUUAUAUUGUUUUAGUUUCAGCAAUACGAAUUUCGAUUGUGAACAAAUUAGAUCACAAUCUAAAUUAAUAUCAAUCAAAGGUCAUGGAAAUAUGGACUUUGAAGCAUCGAAUAUAGUUGAUGAGGUCUUAGGAACUGAUUAG